UAUCCCUAUCCAAAGCAAUUAUCAGUAGAAAAAAAACCUCAAGUCAGGCCCAAGGCCUUCAAGUUCAGAACAUUUGUGACUGUGAAAUCAAUUGUAAGAGAAUUAGAGGACUGAGAAAACAUGAAGCAAAAGAAAAUCGAAGAUGCAAAAUUAAGAAAAGAAUGGCAAGAACAACAAGUUAA